AUGACGUGCCCCCUGGAGCAGGCACUGGCCGUGAUGGUCACCACUUUCCACAAGUACUCAGGGAAGGAAGGGGACAAGUACACACUCAGCAAGGCAGAGCUCAAGGAGCUGCUGAACAAGGAGCUGCCCGUCUUUGGGAGCAAACAAAUGGACGAGGCAGAGUUCAAGAGGCUCAUGAAUGACCUGGACCACAACAAGGACAGCGAGGUCGACUUCAAGGAGUACGUCUGCUUCCUGGCCUGCAUCACCAUGGGCUUCAACGAGUUCUUCAAGGACAGCCCCAGCAAGCACCCCCGCAAGAAGUGACACCCCCUCCCCCCCCGCCAUUGCCCACCGCAUGGCCGUGGGGCUCUCAAUAAAAGCUUUUCCAAAGCCUCAGCUUGCGUCCGCGGGGUUUUGUGCACUGCGGGG